UCAUCAUAAGCUUAGAAUGGCACACCACAAUUUUUCCAUUGCUCUAAUGAUUCUCAUUGUUCUCUUCAUUAUUAACAUGAACCUUCAAGGUGCCAAUGCUGAUUAUGGUGGUUGGGAGAGUGCUCAUGCCACUUUCUAUGGAGGGGGUGAUGCUUCUGGCACAAUGGGUGGAGCAUGUGGGUAUGGGAAUUUAUAUAGCCAAGGUUAUGGAACUGACACUGUUGCUCUAAGCACUGCUUUGUUCAACAAUGGCUUAAGCUGUGGGUCUUGCUAUGAAAUGAGAUGUGAUGAUGACCCAAGAUGGUGCAAACCUGGCUCUAUUACUGUUACUGCUACUAACUUCUGUCCACCAAACCCAUCUUUGCCAAACAACAAUGGUGGUUGGUGCAACCCUCCUUUGCAACACUUUGAUAUGGCUGAACCAGCAUUUCUUCAAAUUGCUGAAUAUAGAGCUGGAAUUGUGCCUGUGGCCUUUAGAAGGGUGCCUUGUGUCAAAAAGGGAGGAAUAAGGUUCACAAUCAAUGGCCACUCUUACUUCAACCUUGUUUUGGUCACCAAUGUGGGUGGAGCUGGUGAUGUCCAUGCAGUGUCCAUCAAAGGGUCUAAAACUGGGUGGCAACCCAUGUCAAGAAACUGGGGGCAAAACUGGCAAAGCAACUCCUACCUCAAUGGACAAUCCCUCUCUUUUCAAGUUACCACAAGUGAUGGUAGAACCGUGACAAGCUACAAUGCAGCACCAGCCAAUUGGCAGUUUGGCCAAACCUUCCAAGGUGGCCAAUUUUAGACAUUGAAUUGGGGUAGAAUAGUGAAAAUGUUUGUGUACCUAUUAUUAAGUUCCUCAU